UCUCUAAAGUCCCUGUGUCGCAGAGCAGCAGCAGAAGAUGGUGUCGAGAGGUCCAUUAGAGGUGAAAGUGAGCAUUUCCUCAGCAAAGGACCUCAAGAACGUCAACUGGCGUUACGGUCCCCUCCAGCCUUACGCCGUCGUUUGGGUAGACCCAAACACCAAAUUAUCCACCCGCGUCGACCCCAGCGGCGACACCUCUCCAGAAUGGGACGAGACACUUCUCAUCUCUCUCCUCUCUCCUCUCGACGACUCCACCACACUCUUCAUCGACAUCGUCCACGUCAAUGCACCACGCGAUACCAAACCCUUGAUCGGUUCCGCACGUCUCCGUCUCAAGGAGAUAAUCGAUGAUGUGGGUUUUGGACAGCCACACCACCGCACUCUGCGGCUCACUCGGCCAUCAGGCCGUCCGCAGGGGAAACUCGAUGCCACUAUUACCGUCCGUGAUCCUCGCUAUGGUGAGCCAGAUCCGUACCGUGCUGCACCCUAUGCGGUUCCUCCUUCUGUGCCAGCUUACGGGUACUCAUAUCCCCCACAGCCGCAGCCCUAUGCUGUUGCGGGAGCAGGAUACCCAUCCUACGACUAUGGAUCCUACGGGCAGGGUGGAAGUGGAUAUGCGGAGAGGGUGGAGAAGAGUGAAAAGAGUAAGAGUAAGUACGGGAUGGGAACGGGGUUGGCCGUAGGUGCGGUUGCAGGGGUGUUAGGUGGGCUAGCGUUAGCGGAAGGUGCUGAUUACGUGGAGGACAAGAUCGCCGACAAUGUGGCGGAGAGAGUCGAGGAUGAUGAUGACUCAGAUAACGGUGGUUAUGGCGAUGAUGAUGGUGGAUACGGUGGUGAUGACUUCUAA